ACAAAACAUUUUUUGGUUUUGGACAAAAUGGGAAAACUAAACGUGACAAUGUUACGUUAUUUGUCUAAGGAAGAUUUCAGAGUUCUUACUUCGGUAGAGAUGGGAAUGAAGAACCAUGAACUGGUUCCCUCACCGCUGGUGGCAUCCAUUGCACAUCUUCAUGGUGGAGGAUGUCACAAAGUCCUCCGAGAACUCAACAAACACAGACUAGUAGCAUACGAACAUGGUGGGAAAAGAUUUGAGGGAUACAGAUUAACAGUAUCAGGAUAUGAUUACUUGGCGCUGAAAGCUCUGGCCAGUAGAGAUGUUAUAUACUCCCUAGGCAAUCAGAUAGGAGUGGGCAAAGAGUCAGACAUUUACAUAAUAGCAGAUAACGAAGAACAUCAAUAUGCCUUGAAGCUUCACAGAUUAGGGCGUACUUCUUUCCGACAACUGAAAAACAAGCGAGAUUAUCACAAGCACAGGAAUAAUGUAUCCUGGCUCUACCUGUCACGCCUUGCAGCAAUGAAGGAAUAUGCUUAUAUGAAGGCACUGUACGACAGAAAGUUUCCAGUUCCUAAACCAGUUGAUUUUAACAGACACGCUGUUGUAAUGGAACUACUCAGUGGUUACCCCAUGUGCAAUGUGAAGAAUGUGGCAGACCCAGGUCAUGUAUACAAUGACUGUAUGGAGCUAAUCGUCAGACUUGGGAACUGUGGAGUCAUUCAUGGAGAUUUUAACGAGUUUAACCUGAUGAUUGAUGAUCAGGAACACGUUACCAUGAUUGAUUUUCCACAGAUGAUUUCCACAUCUCAUCCUAAUGCAGAAUGGUAUUUUGACAGAGAUGUAAACUGUAUAAGGGAUUUUUUUGCCAGGAGAUUCCACUAUGAAAGUGAACUUUUUCCAAAGUUUUCUGAUCUAAGAAGAGAUGAUGAUCUAGAUGUGGAAGUGUCAGCUAGUGGAUUUACAAAAGAAAUGGCAGAAACAUUUGAUGAGGCUGCUGAGGAUUAUAACAUCAGAGGAGGCCCUGAUCAGCCCAGAACAAAUGAUGUUGAGGAUGAUUCUGAUGAGGACCCUGAGGAAAAUUAUAGUGAUGAAGAUGAUGAGGAGGAGAAAGAUCCACAAGAUACAAACUCAGCUGAGGACAGACUUCAUCCUCCUGUGAGUGAAACAACAUCUAACUCUGAAAACAGGGAAGAGAUUUCUUUACAUGGAAAUGACAGAGUCUUUAGCAAUACUGAGGACAGUUUAUUGAGAAACAGUUUAAGUACCAGUGACGAAGAAGAUUUAGAAGACCUACAUAACCAGAAUAGGACUUUGAGACCAUUCAGAAAUGAGGAAAGUCAGACACACACCAAUUCACAUAGAAGGAAACAUUUAGACAGUACUAGUGUUAGUGUGACCAGUACAGCAUCAAGCAUGGACCCCAGACUGAUCAAAGCAAAAGUAAGACAACAGAUGAAGAAGAAGUCGGCUAUACAGGAAGCUAGGAGGAUAAGGAAAAGAGGAGAGUCUGCAAUCAUUACGAAGAAGAAGAGAGAAAUUUCCCAAGAUAUCAAGCAAAGUGUUCAUGGUGACUGGUUUUAAUUUGAGAAAAAUGAGAAAAUGACGUUUAUUUAGUGCAAUUGAUGUUAACUACAUGUACUGUAAAAUUUAAUUUUUAUGGGGGUUUAGUUUCUUAUGUUUUCAUGAUUUAAAGACACAAGCAAAUUCAUGUCCUCCAUGAAGUGUUGAAUUUCAAUAAAUUGCAACUCAUCACUUCUAUCAUCACAAAAUCAAAUCCCCAAGAAACAAAAUUUUUUCUGCAAACCACGUAAAGUGGACCCCAUGAAAAUUUUACAGUAUAUUUUGUUUUGAACAUUUUUGAUGAUUUAAAAAUUGACAUUUUAAAGAUGCUAUCCCAAUCUAUUUCCUCAUGCAGAAAAAUAAAUAAAUUUUACCAUAUCUAGUUUAA